AUGGACGUCCCCGGCAUCGCAUUAAUCACUGGCGCUGCAUCAGGCAUCGGACGAGCCUGCGCAAAAGCCUUCGCCAAAGAAGGCGUAUCUGGACUGGCUCUCCUCGAUCUGAGUGGAGAACCCCUCGCAGCUGUCAAAUCGGAAAUCGAAGACCUACAAUGUACGCUGGGCCAAACCAGCCCCUGCCGAAUCGAGACCUACCCAACCAACGUCGGCGACGAAACCCGCGUAAACGAAGUCAUCGAAACAGUCGCGCAAACAUUUGGCCGUCUCGACUAUGUAGUCAAUGCGGCGGGAAUUGCAAUGAAACACCAAGGCGGCGCAGCAUAUGCCGAAACCGCAGAUUGGGACCGCAUUCUCAACGUCAAUCUCACGGGGACAUUUUUCGUUCUCCGCGCCGCAGCAAAGAUCAUGCUAAAGCAAAAACCCAUCAAGUCCAUCAUUGAUGGUCGGCCCUUGCAGCGAGGCUCGAUUAUCAACUUUUCCUCUAUUCAGGGCAUUGUGGGGAUUCCCUUGUCGACGGCAUAUACCGUUACCAAACAUGCCGUGAUUGGGUUGACGAGAACGGCUUCGGAGGACUAUGCGAAGGAUGGAUUGAGGAUUAAUGCUAUUUGUCCUGGAUAUACGGAGACGCCGCUCACAACCAAGUCGCCGGCCAUCUUGCAGGCCAUGGUGGAGCGUGUCGCGACCGCAGUGCCGAUGGAGCGGAUGGGACGGCCGGAGGAGAUUGCAGAUGGAGUCUUAUAUCUUGCGGGAGGUCGGAGCUCUUUUGUCACGGGGACUGCUUUGAUGGUAGAUGGUGGAUAUACGCAGCGAUAG